AAAAAACUGUUUUGAAUGAGUCCAUCUCCGAUUCUCCAUGCGAGACAUCAGCAAUGCGCCAGCGCCGCGGCGCCACUGGCUGUCGGCCUGUCGCCGCCGGUCGUACUCAGCGCCUGCCUCGCCCUCCUCGGCGCCGGCGGGUCGCUCCUCAUCCGCGUCUACUUCGUCCACGGGGGCCAGCGCCUGUGGCUUUCCACCAUGAUCCAGGUGUCCGGCUGGCCGCUCCUACUCCCGCCUUUAUACUUCACCCUGCUACUCCUUAGCCGCAGGGACGGCGGCAGCAGUAUCGCCGACCGCCUCCUCCCGCCCCGCCUCGUCGGCGCCGCGGCCGUCCUCGGGGUGCUCUACGCCGCCGCGUGCUUCGCCUACUCGCUGGGCUUGCAGGCCCUGCCCCUGUCCACAUCUUCGCUGCUCCUGGCGACGCAGCUCGCCUUCAACGCCAUCGCCGCGGUCCUGUUCGCGGGGCUCCGGUUCACGCCCUUCUCGGCCAACGCGGUCGUCCUGCUCACUGUGGGCCCAGCAGCGCUCGGGGUCGGGCCGUCGUCCGGCGAGAAGCUAGCGGGCGAAGGCUCGGCGACGUCGUACUGGACGGGGUUCUUCGAGUGCGUGGCCUCGGCCGCGCUGCUGGGGCUCGUGCUGCCGCUCGUCGAGGUCGCCAUGUCGAGGUACGGGCGCCGGAGCGGCCACGCCGGCGCUGCCGCGAGGGUGCCUUCCUCGUACGCGACGGUGAUGCAGAUACAGGCCGUGAUGGGCGCGGCCGGCACCACGGUGUGCCUGGCCGGCAUGGCCAUCGCGGAGGACUUCCAGGCGAUCCCUAGGGAGGCGGCCGCGUUCGGGCUCGGCGGGACCAACUACUACCUGCUGCUCGUCUUUGGGUCCGUCGCGUGGCAGCUUUCAAACCUGGGGAUCAUGGGGCUCAUCGUCUGCUCCUCGUCGCUUCUCGCCGGCAUCAUGAUCGCGCUCGUCCUGCCGCUCUCGGAGGUCCUCGCCGUCGUCUUCCUCCACGAGGAGUUCGAUGGGGUGAAGGGCAUUGCGCUAGUGCUCUCGCUCUGGGGCUUCGUCUCCUACCUCUACGGCGAGAGCGCACAGAAGACGGCGGAGGCGAGGAGAAGUGAAGACUUGGACUCGUCAACCUGUUACUCCUUGAUGGCUUGAUGGCAACUUGUAACUUCUAAAUAUGUUGCCUACAUUUCUUUAAAAAAGAGAGAGACUAUUUUCCCUACGGUAGACAUUGCUCUGGGAAUCGUGCGAGAUUAGAGAAUCUGUC